AUAGUACGAAACUAUAAGUACACACUUCACAAACAUGGCUGCCCCCAUAGAAAAUAUAAAAAAUCAGAAAUUUUGAUUUUUUAUUCGAAUUAAUGCAAAAUGGUUUUCGUUCUGAUACAAAGAACAGUCGGCAAACCAUUUGCAUUUAGGAUCCUCAACAGAUGUAACCAGAAUUUGGCACUUGGAAGGAACAUAGAAACAUGUAAAAUAAAACUUAGGACUCACUUUAACACAGCAUUAAAUUCAUCAUCAAAGAAAACUUCCCAGAAUUCCUCAAAAUGGCUUUUAGGACUUUCAGGAAUAUGUGGCUGUGUUACCAUAGCAAUAAAAAACUGUCCAGUAGCAUACUGUAAAACAAAUGUGAUAAAAUCAAGACUGGACCAUUUAGACAAUGAAAAUGAAAAGAGUGAUGCUAAAUUCGAUUGGUCAGGAUUCUUUAAAUUAUUAGUUCCAGAAUUAGGAUACUUAAUAGCUGCAAUCAUAAGUGCCUUAGCUGCUGCCUUUAUAAAUAUAAAAAUUCCAAUAGUUCUUGGUGAAUUGGUAAAUGUCCUGUCAAAUUUUUCCAGAGAAGAGGCUCAAAACAUUUUGGACGAAAUCAAGAAACCUGCUUUAAAAUUAGUUAAAUAUUAUUGCAUACAGGGUUUGUUGACAUUCUGUUAUAUAUCACUGCUUACAACUGUAGGAGAAAAUGUUGCCACAAGUUUGCGUAAACAGCUGUUUGAUGCCUACCUCAGACAAGAUAUAGAAUUCUUCGAUAGAAAUAAAACAGGAGAAUUAGUAGACAGAUUGACCUCAGAUAUCCAAGACUUCAAAAGUUCUUUUAAACUUUGCAUAUCAUCAGGACUCAGGGCCACAGCACAGACAAUAGGAUGUGUUGGGACUAUGUAUACCAUAUCUCCAAAAUUAACGGGACUAAUGAUCACAGUUGUGCCAGCUAUUAUAGGAACAGGGACUCUUAUGGGGUCUGGUCUAAGGAAGUUAUCUAAAAAGGCCCAAUCUCAGUUAUCAAAAUCAACAGCAGUAGCAGAUGAAGCCAUAGGAAAUGUUAGAACAGUCAGAGCUUUUGCCAUGGAGUCUAAAGAAAAUGAAAUGUUUGAACAGGAAGUAGAGAGUUCCAGGAAGUUAAAUAUUCAACUUGGACUUGGUAUAGGAGCAUUCCAGUGCUUGGCUAAUAUUGCAUUGAAUGGAAUUGUAUUAGGAACUAUGUUUGCUGGGGGUAGAUUAAUGACGAGGGAUGAAAUAUCUGCUGGGGAUUUAAUGUCAUUUUUAGUAUCAACACAAACUAUUGAAAGAUCCUUAGCUCAAUUGUCUUUGUUAUUUGGUAAUGUUGUAAGGGGCCUGAGUGCAGGAGCAAGAGUAUUUGAAUUUAUCAAUGCUACACCAACUAUUCCAUUAUCUGGAGGCAAGAAGAUACCAUUCCAUUCUCUACGUGGGGAUAUUAAGUUCCAGAAUGUUAAAUUUUCUUAUCCUACUAGAGCAGAACAGGAAGUAUUGAAAGAUUUUUCGUUGACGAUCCCUGCAGGAAAAGUUGUAGCACUCGUUGGAUUAUCAGGGGGAGGUAAAUCUACAGUUGCUGCACUGUUAGAACGGUUUUAUGAAAUAGGUCAAGGAAAGAUUACAUUAGACGGAGAAGAUAUUAAAGAUUUGGAUCCAUCAUGGCUUAGAGGCAGAGCUAUAGGCUUUAUCAAUCAAGAACCAGUAUUAUUUGCCACCAGUGUAAUGGAGAAUAUUAGAUAUGGGAGACCAGAUGCUACAGACUUAGAGGUUUUUGAGGCGGCCGAUCUUGCCAAUGCUCACAGUUUCAUCACAGGGUUUCCUGAGGGAUAUAAAACUGUCCUGGGAGAACGAGGUGUCACUGUCUCAGGAGGUCAGAAACAGAGAAUAGCCAUUGCCAGAGCUCUAAUUAAAAAUCCAUCAAUAUUAGUACUAGAUGAAGCUACAAGCGCACUUGAUGCUGAAUCAGAAAGAAUUGUACAGGAAGCUUUAAAUAAUGUUAUUAAAGGAAGAACUGUCCUGAUAGUGGCACACAGACUGAGUACCAUAAGAGAUGCUGAUGCUAUAGCUGUGGUCUCCAAUGGAAAAAUUGUUGAGCAAGGAACACAUGAUGAAUUAAGGAGAAAGAAAGGACUUUACUGGGAGUUGAUACGACAACAAGAGAUCGAGGAAGAAAUUGAAGAAAUGAGAGGACAUUUCUUUUAAACACUGUGAUAUAAUUUUAUUUAUUUGUCAAAAAUUACCAUGUGCUAUUUUAAUAACACAAAAAAAGGUUCAAUUUUCCUGCUGUUAUUGCAGGAAUAUUUUUAUCAAAAUGUUGUGAAACUGA